AUGAGCAUCUUUACCAUGCUGAAUCGGAAUCAUUGUCGAUUGCGUUAUCAGUUCAUGUGGGUCGCUGGCAAAGGACCCCUCCGGGAUGACUUCCUCGUGGCUAAUCGUAAUAAUAUAAUGCCGGGCUGGUCGCUGGCCCCCCUUUCCAGCUCGAUCUCCGACGAUGUCCACAGAGAGGAGCUAGGCAGCGUACUCGCUAUCACUCUCUUCAAUACCACGUGCUCUGCCGCUCUGUUCAAUGCCCUCUGA